AUGCAGGCGCCAGUGGUCCUUCAACAGCCCACUUACACCACAACAGACACCCAAACCCCGGGCGGGGAGCGGCAGUUUGGCCGCAAAGCUCAGCUUUCCAACAUCACAGCAGCCAAGACGGUCGCCGACAUCAUCAGAUCAUGUCUCGGCCCCAAGGCUAUGUUGAAGAUGCUGCUCGACCCCAUGGGCGGCAUUGUCCUCACCAACGACGGCCAUGCUAUCCUGCGAGAAAUCGAAGUCGCGCACCCAGCAGCCAAGAGCAUGAUUGAGCUCAGUCGGACACAAGACGAGGAGGUCGGCGAUGGCACAACUACUGUCAUCAUAUUAGCUGGAGAGAUUCUCGCGCAAGCUCUACCACAACUAGAGCGCAACAUCCACCCCGUUGUCAUCAUUCAGGCCUUCAAGAAGGCGCUCGCAGACGCCCUCGAAAUCAUCGAUGAGAUCGCGGUCGAGGUGGAUGUCAACAACGAUGAGGAAAUGUACAAGAUCAUCAACUCGUCGAUCGGCACAAAGUUCGUCUCAAGAUGGUCAGAGCUGAUGUGCAGCUUGGCCCUCAAAGCUGUGCGCACAGUCUCGCUCGAGGUUGGAGCUGGCAAGAAGGAAGUCGACAUCAAGCGCUACGCCCGCAUCGAGAAAAUUCCUGGUGGCGAGAUCGAGGACAGCGAAGUACUCGAUGGUGUCAUGCUGAACAAGGAUAUCACACACCCCAAGAUGAGGCGGAGAAUCGAAAACCCCCGUGUCAUGCUGCUGGACUGCACGCUCGAAUACAAGAAGGGCGAGAGUCAGACCAAUAUCGAGGUCAGCAAAGAAGAGGACUGGAACAGGAUAUUGCAAAUCGAGGAGGAGCAAGUCAAGGCCAUGUGCGAUGCCAUCAUUGCUCUCAAGCCGGACCUCGUCAUCACCGAGAAGGGCGUCAGCGAUCUGGCACAGCACUACCUCGUCAAGGCUGACAUCACCGCUAUCCGUCGAGUACGAAAGACCGACAACAACCGUGUCGCCCGCGCAACGGGCGCGACCAUCGUCAACUCUCCCUUUGCCGCGACUGCUUCUGAUAUUGGCACGCAAUGCGGACUAUUCGAGAUCUCGAAGAUCGGCGACGAAUACUUCACAUUCCUCACAAAAUGCAAAGACCCCAAGGCGUGCACAAUCCUGCUGCGAGGCCCGUCCAAAGACAUCCUGAACGAGAUCGAGCGAAAUCUGCACGAUGCGAUGGGUGUCGCGAGGAACGUCAUCUGGAACCCCAAGCUGUGUCCUGGUGGUGGCGCGACCGAGAUGGCCGUCGCAGUCGGCCUGGACAGGAAGGGCAAGCUUAUUGAGGGUGUGGCACAGUGGCCCUACAAGGCGGUCGCAGAAGCCAUGGAGGUCAUUCCACGCACAUUGAUUCAAAACUCUGGAAAUAGUCCGAUCAAGGUCCUGACACAGCUGCGCGCAAAGCAUGCUGAAGGCUUUGAGGAUGGCAAGCACGGCGGUAGCUCUUGGGGCAUUGAUGGAGAUGCAGGCAAAGUGGUGGACAUGAAGACCUACAACGUCUGGGAGCCUAUUGCUGUCAAGGAGCAGAGCGUCAAGACCGCCAUAGAGAGCGCAUGUCUGCUGUUGAGGGUCGACGACAUCGUUGCUGCCAAGUCCGCAAAACAAGUGAGCGGCCCCAUCGGCGGCGGAGGAGAUGAUUAG